AUGAAAUUAUCCUCAGCGGCUUACUCACUGCUCGGCUUGUCAUCCAUUGCUAGCGCUUUCUCGCUACUGGAGGGGCUAGGCCUAGAAAGCGACCUUGCGCACUUAUGGAAAGGCUUGAGAGUCCCAAAAAAUACCGUGCAGUCUAUCAAAAAUGUGCGUGAAAGUCUGGACGAGUUCGUCACGAUAAAGUCUGAGCUUGAUGACACCUACUCGAUGAGGGUAAAGAGAGUGGACCCUUCGAAGCUGGGUGUCGAUUCUGUCAAGCAGUACUCGGGGUAUCUGGACUACGAGGAUUCCAAACACUUCUUUUACUGGGCAUUUGAAUCCAGAAACGACCCACUCAAUGACCCCGUUAUUCUAUGGCUGAACGGUGGUCCAGGGUGCUCUUCUUUCACGGGGUUAUUUUUCGAACUUGGCCCCUCUUCCGUCGGCCCUGAGCUAAAGCCCGUUCGCAAUCCGUACUCCUGGAAUAACAAUGCUACUGUCAUAUUCUUGGAGCAGCCCUUAGGCGUUGGUUUUUCCUAUGGUGACGAGAGAGUUGCCUCCACUAACGCAGCAGGAAAGGAUGUGUUCAUAUUCUUGGAGUUGUUUUUCCAAGAGUUCCCACAGUUUAGAUCUAACGACUUCCAUAUUGCAGGUGAAUCAUACGCUGGCCAUUACAUCCCAGAGAUUGCCCAUCAAAUCGCUGUCGUUCAUGAAUCUGACAAAACCUUCAAUCUCACCUCCAUCAUGAUUGGCAACGGGAUAACAGAUUCUUUAGUCCAGUAUGACUACUAUGAGCCCAUGGCGUGUGGCAGGGGUGGUUACAAAGCCGUGAUAACUGAGGAAGAAUGCGCCAAAAUGAGAAACCAAAUGCCUCGCUGCAGAGCUUUGAACAAUGCAUGCUACUCCUCUAGUUCCACGUUCGCUUGUAUUGCAGCUGGCGCAUACUGUGAGAAUAUGGCCAUGAGUGCUUACACUAAAACAGGCCUGAACGUUUAUGACAUACGCUCUCCUUGUGAGACAGAGGAGGGCGGGCUAUGCUAUGCUGGCCUGAGCUACGUUGAAGACUAUCUCAAUCAACCAGAGGUGCAGGUGGCAUUGGGCUCUGAUGUAUCAAACUUUACAGGCUGUAGCAACGAGGUGGGUUUGGCGUUCUUGCUGACUGGUGACAACAACCGCCCCUUCCAACAAUAUGUGGCGGAACUUGUCAACAGAGACAUUCCGGUACUGCUUUAUGCAGGUGACAAAGACUUUAUUUGCAACUGGCUUGGAAAUUUAGCUUGGUCUGAUGAGCUUGAAUGGAAGCAUAAGGAGCAAUAUUCUGUGUUGCCUCUACGUCCUUGGAAAUCUGAGGACUCGGGGGAGACACUCGGCCAAGUUAAGAGUUAUUCAUCUUUCACAUUUCUUCGUGUAUUUGGUGCAGGCCAUAUGGUUCCCUACAACCAGCCAGAGGCAAGUUUGGAAAUGGUCAACAGGUGGAUAUCUGGUGAUUACUCGCUCGGAUACUAA